GCCAAGGCAACUGAACGGGGAUCUGGUCCCGCCUACUUCUUUUUAUUCUUCUUCAAUCCAGCCAAUCGGGACAGGGUAUGGGCGUGGCUAACAUCCUCCCGACACCCAGCCUGCUUUAUCAGUCAAACCCCGGAGAAGCUCAUUCGUGACUGGAGGAGGAAAAAAAACAAAAACACAGACAGAACCGGAGGAAAGGAUUUCAGCUGGAAACACGAGAAGAGCGAAAUGAUAAAGGGUUAGGAGGAGAAUUUGUUGGUUGAAAAAUAAGAAAAAGAAGGAGAGAAAGAAAUAGCCAUUUUUGUGCCGCUUCUUCUUCUCCUUCUUCCCGGAGCAGCUCGAGCGCAAUUUCUGAUCAAUCACGGAAGGAGUGAUGGAGGGUUGGGCUGGAUUUCGGGCACUGCCGUGCUAUGUGGCCUGCUCUCAGGUGCUGGGUGUGGUGUGUUUGGUGCUGACGGGCGUGUGGAUGGGACACUACCACGGGGGCUACGCCUGGGACAGCUCGCAGCAGCAGUUUAACGUUCACCCGCUCUGCAUGGUCAUGGGCCUCGUCUUCCUCUAUGGAGACGGUAUCCUGGUGUACCGCGUGUUCAGAAAUGAGAGCAAGCGUUCGGUGAAGAUCCUCCACGCUCUGCUACACAUGAUGGCCUUGGUUAUCAGCAUUGUGGGUCUGGUGGCCGUGUUUGAUGUCCACAAUAAACAUGGCUUCCCUAACAUGACCUCUCUGCAUAGCUGGUGUGGAAUGCUCACCUUCAUUCUCUUCCUCAUUCAGUGGCUGCUGGGAUUGGGCUUCUUCCUGUUUCCCUGGGCAUCAUCAGCACUACGGAGAUGGUAUCUGCCACUGCAUGUAUUCUUUGGCCUGGUGCUCUUGGCCAUGUCGGUGGCGUCCUCGCUUAUGGGAAUUGCAGAGAAAGCGAUCUUCAGUGGCCUGCCACCGUUUGCUCCUGAGGAGGUUCUGGCCAACAUGCUGGGCCUGCUGCUGGUGUGUUUCGGGGUAGUUGUGGGCUACGUGGUGACCAGAGAGGAGUUCAGACGACCGCCGAACCCUGAGGAAGAGGCUCUGUCUGUUCACUUCAACACUCUGAGUGAGGGCUCCAGACCCAGCACGCCUUAACACAGCACCAAGACUCCAACACUCCUCCUCCGGUUUAGUCUCCAGUCUCCUUAUCCCCUCACUUCCUGUGUAUGUGUUCAGUAAAGUAGAAUUCAGGGGCCGUCGCACCCGUACGGAUGAACGUAUCCAUGGCUAAAGAGUUUUUGAUUAUGUGAAAAGACUCGGGUGGUCUCCAUGUUUUGUAUCAAAAUAAAAAGUCAGGAGAAAGAUUUGAUUUAUUUAAAGCUGCAGGAUGUAGAAUCUUGUAUUCAGUGUGUCCCAAACUGCAUUUUCCGAACUAAAUAUGAAGACCAAAAUAGCGAUGACAUCGGUGUACUAACAUACUGUUUAUUAAUGUGGAAUGUGGUUUAGGACACGUUCCAAGUAUUCAAGAUGAUCAUUAUCUGCUGUUAUCUUCGUCCCCUCAGGAUUACAGGAGUGUUAUGGGUGUUAAAGCUUUGUGGGAUUUAAUCACCCGGUAGUUUUAAAUACAUUGCACACAGCUAGCAUGUGUCCUAAAACAGGGCUGCAAAUAUAGGGUGAUUAGUAGGAAAAAACAUACACAGAACACAUGCAAACACUUUGACUGUCCUAAGACACACCUGAUAGGCGGCUUGUGUUAGCUUAGUGUGCUAGCUAAAACAGUUUAGAUGACAAAUAAUUACAGACCUACAAUUAAAAUGACAUAUAUCAGUAUCGACUGCCUGGAAAUAAGGAAUAAGGUAUUAAACAAACCACUAAAACAAUCCAUACUUUGAUUAUAUAUAUAUAUAUAUAUAUGUAUCUAUCUCAAAGAGAGGAAAAGAGAGAUAGAGCUAGAUGUAUGACUCCACUGCUUCUGAAGCCCUGAUUACUCCAAAGUCCUACACUGCAAUGCAUUAUUAAUAUCAUUCCCUGCACUGAACUCUCUGGAUCUUCACUGCAAGCUUGCGUCUCUUCUAAUACCGCAGAAUUCUCCCAGAAAGCAGAGUUAUAAUUAUAUGUCCAGGUCAUGCUGUGUUCACAGUAACAUGUUUCAUCUGUUCAAGUAAAAAUCAUACAACUUGUAAUUACCGGCUGGAAACUCCUCAUUUUCCCGAAGCUCUAAUCUGACAGUGCGUAAUGUCUGUACAUUAGAAACAAACACGAGCUGAAGUAAAAAUAAAAAUAAACUAAGACUUGGAACAUUAGUUAGUCAAGAUUUUUAUAAUUAGUUAUAAUAAAUAUAGUCCACCCGGGAGGAGCUCAGAGUAGAGCCGCUGCUCCUCCACAUUGAGAGGGGCCAGUUGAGGUGGCUCAGGCAUCUGAUUCGGAUGCCUCCUGGACGUCUCCCUGCGGAGGUGUUCUGGGCAUGCCCCACCGGGAAGAGACCCCGGGGAAGACCCAGGACAUGCUGGAGGGACUAUGUCUCUCUGUUGACCUUGGAACGCCUUUGAAUUCCCCCAGAAAGGUUGGAGGAAGUGUCUAGAGAGAGGGAAGCAUUUAGCUUUUGGAGUCUAAAGCUAGGCUGACAAUAUCCCACAAUGCACUAGGACAGGACAGUGUCCGAACGAUGGACCCUAGAGGAUGUGAAAUACCCAGCUUGAUUAUUCGUAUUGUCCAGGCUACUGAUGUAUCGACUGUGAGGUUGCGUGUGUCACCAUAGAAACAAGACCUUUUUAAAUCCCUAUUCACUACACAGGGCACUGUUUAGUAGCCACACUGUCCAUGUCUCCCACAAUGCACUGCUUAAAGAUUCAGAGUCUUCUAGAGAGGACAGAAUACUCAUAAUGCACUUCAGUGUUUGUGGCCUUGUUGAAAUCUUAAAUAUUAAAUGAAGUGCGCAUACUUGGUUAAUUCUAUCAAUCUGGUAUUGAUCGUAUUAAAAAGUAAUGUUGAAAUAAUUACUAUCGAUUAAAUAUUUAGUUGUAUAUUUAUUUGAAUGACAUGACAGGGACUUUUUUUUUAUGAUGUAGCAAGAAACAAAGAAAAAGUGCCUGAGCUGAUCAUGACUUUUAAAUUUUAUUAUUAUUAUUAUUAUUAUCAACAUUAUUAUUAUUGAACUGUAUUAAACUCUUAGAGGCUUUCUAAGAUCGCCUCCUUGUGGUCACAGGGAGGAAUAACUUCUUAGUGCAUCUUUAUUUUCAAAGUGUCCUGAAACUCUUAUUUCAGCUUAAUAAUCUCUUAAUAAUUAAAUUAAUAAUAUAACAAGUCAGCAUAAUGAAAUUCUUUAUUCAUGCAGGGCUUUUUGUGACUGGAUUUCGACUAAAGCUUCACACACACACAGGGCUGAGUGAACGUCUCCAAUAAAAACACAUUGCUUUAAUAGCCGGUAGACUGUUACGCUUUUAACAAAUUGUACUUAUCGAAUACGUAUUUUACAAAAACAAUCGAAGCAACAGGUCGUUUUAUGUUCCUUUGACUUCCUUGCUAUCAGUCACUUAAAAGUUUACACCCCAGCGCCAUCGAGCCGAGUGCCACAUCCUGAUUGGUCAGAAGGUGUUGAUUCGUUUCUUAGCCGCAGCUCUACAGUAACACAGCUGCACCUCACAGCUUUAAUAUUCGUUUGGAAUGUGUGUGGUCGUCAAUAUGCUGAAGCUUUCUGUAAGGAUACAUGUUUUUUUUAUGUAUGGGAGGAGUCUGCGCUUUGCACCAGUCAGAGGUGAAGCUGUAACAUCGUCAGGACAGAGGUCGGGAUUGAGGUUUACGGACGUUUGCCGUUCCUAGGUUUCUCACGAUAUCUUUAGGAGAGAAAAAAGAAAGUGAAGGAACGACUGUUUAUCGCAGCUGUAACGUGAGUUUAGGUUUCUAGGAACUAAAACUUUUUACAGCCUCAUAAAACCCCCCAUAUAUAUAUAUACACAGAGCCUUUAAUUGGGGAAAAGGGGGCGGGGCUGCGCAGAUGUGUGAAAUAAGUAGUUAUUACGUAUAAAAGCAGGAUGUCGUUGAAUUGAAUAUGGAAUUAUUAUGAACGAAUAUUUUUGCGUACUGAAUGAUGUUUAUAUGCAGAACAGUCGGUUCUAUUGAGGUAAAGUGACCAAAACCCUGCCUCGCUCCCACCGUCUAUCACACACACAGCCUAAAACCAGCUGUAAUACAGAGUUCUGCUGUACUGUUUGUUCCGUGUCGCUGGUGUUUCCUGUGGACUGUCAGUUCAUCACGGUGUUGUAUGAAAAUGCUGUAAAGCACCGUGUCAGUACUCAUCACUGUAAAAAAAACGAAUACUUCAGCGUUCAGUCUUUAGCUGAAGUUGGUAUGGGUGUGUGUGUGUGUG